GAUCGAGUGGCCGAAGCGGAAGUGGGUGAUAGCGAGAAGGGAAGAAGCUCUACCGAAGGGCUCCUCAUGCUGUGCGGUCGCUCCACCGUUGCUUGCUAUUAGGAACACGCAUAAACGGAUCAAACGGGCCAUUUGCUCCCACGAUCCCACGAACACAGGCACCCCCACCCAAAUGGCCAAAGCCGCCGCGAUCGCGAGCUGCAAUACACGCGCACACCCACCCUGCAUGCUCGACCGCUCGAGCGGCGAGCGCCAAGCAGCCCAAGCUGGAUCACAACCCUACGCGGCCACGCCACACCACAGGCCACACCGUAUCGAUCUGCACAGCAAAAGCAGUAGCAGCAUGCCAGCAUCCGAUAUUCCGAUCCCAGCAAAAACAAUUCUCACAGAAAGAGAUUAUUUUGCCCCCUCACCAAUCCUGCUCCCAAAACUCCUAAUCUUUUAAUCCGCGUUUGUUUUCCUCCGGCCGUCCCUGGCUUGCAGCAGUAAUGAAGCGGAGGAGGAAAAAGGAGAAAACGAAAAGGCGCAGGGAAAACAACGCACCAGCAACAGCAGAGAGCAGGCGCACAUCAACUCAUCUAAUCUCCUCAUCAAGCUGGGCGAUGCGUGUGAGCAGGCAGGCGGUUAGGGCGAAAAUCUGAGAAGUCCGGGAGAAUCUCCGGACUGACCUCCCCGUACCCGUCAAAAAUCCAAUCUUGACGCCUCCCUGGUCGAGCCGAGACUGUUCCAAAGUUUCUGUCUCUGUGAUGCGUGAUUGUUUGCCGCUGCUAAUGAGGCCCGCUCGCCUGAUCCCCGUGGUCGUCGUCGCCCGUUAAUCCGCUUCAGCUCUGGUUCCGGUUCUUGGACAGAUUUUUUCGCCCCUCUUGGUUGUGGAUUGCGCUGUUUUUGUUUGUCUGGAUCUGCAUAAGGGCGUGGGCCGAUUCGCCACCACCACAAGCAGAGACGGCUCCUCUUUUUUAUUGCCUCCACAGUGGGAUUUGCUUUCGCGUUGUUGCAGUAUCUAUCUAUUUCUGCGAAUCAUCUUCUAGGGCUCCGUUUGUUCUCGCGCACUUUACCCUUCGCUGCCCCCAUCUCCCAGCACCGAAUCCGCCCCCUUCCCGGCCGUCGAUUGAGGGCGUGCCGCUGCCGAUUGCGCCGCAAAAUCGCGUCUUGGGUUUGGUCCAUGAAGAAGUGGGGUUGAUUUCUGAUUUCAAGGGGAGGUUUUUCUCCUGCGCGGCCGCCGCCAGGGAGGCUCCGGCCUGCCAGCCAUGUCUCAAAUCCAAAGCUUCUCGCGGAACAACUGUGUGCUCCUUGUGGUGCUGUGUGGGAAGUAUGCUGAGAAGCGAGCACCAGCAGCGAAGUCUGGGCUGGAGGCGAAGCGGCCACGGCCGUCUUACCCAUUCCCGGAGCUCAGCUCAGCUGGGCGAUUGGAGGUCCACACACUGUUUAAUCCUACACCAGAGCAGUUCCUCGAGGCGCAGCGGGUGGUGCAGCCCAACUUCUUGUACAUCCAGGGUCAGCAGCUUGAGGAUGAGAAGGAGAUUGGCUCACUUGUGUGGGGGGACGCCGAUGUCUCUGAUCCGCAGGCGUUUAGCACUCUUAUCAGCCCACCAUUCCCAACGAUAGUAUAUCUGGAAGUUCCUAUUGGUGAAAAACUUGCCCAAGCAGUUCACUCAAAGGGGAUCCCAUAUGUAAUUUACUGGAGAAAUUCAUUCUCGUCUUAUGCCGCAUCUCAUUUUCGCCAUGCAUUGAUGUCAGUAGUUCAAAGUUCGGUGAGCCAUACUUGGGAUGCUUUUCAGCUUGCUCACGCAUCCUUUCGUCUAUAUUGUGUAAGAAACAAUCAUGUGCAAAGUGUUAAACUUGGUCCUCGUCUCCUUGGGGAUUCUCCAAAAAUAAAUAUAAGUCCACCUGGCACUGAAAUGGUUGAUGAAGAAGGUUCAUCUGAAGUGACCCCAGCUAUAAAAAUAUAUGAUGAAGAAAUCAACAUGAAGUUACUUCUAUGUGGAGUGUCAUGCACCUUGGAUCCUUGUUUAUUGGGCUCUUUAGAGGACGGUCUGAAUGCACUUCUGAAUAUUGAAAUUCGUGGGAGCAAACUGCAGAAUCGAAUCAGUGCUUCUCCACCACCUCUUGAAGCUGCAUCUCUACCACGUGGGAUGGUUACUAUGCGCUGUGAUAUCACUACUUGCAGCUCUUCCCAUGUGUCACUCCUCGUUUCUGGUAGCGCACAGACUUGUUUCGAUGACCAGCUUCUAGAGAGCCACAUAAAAAAUGAAAUUAUUGAGAAAAGCCAGUUAGUCCGGGCUCUCUCAAAUAGUGAGGACAAGUUACCAUCAAGUGAGCCUUUAACUUCCAUGUCUACGGCUUGUGGGGCUUCUACCUUUGAAGUUUGGAUGUCCCUUCCUAAGUGGGCAGCACAGGUUCUGAAGCAUCUAGCGCCAGAUAUAUCAUACAGGAGUUUGGUUGCACUUGGUAUUGGUUGUAUAAAUGGUACUCCUGUUGCUUCAUUUGAGAGGCGAGAUGCAGACCGUCUUCUUUUCUUUUGCACAAGCCAGUGCAAAGAUUUGGCUAAUGAAAACGGUCCAUAUUUUCAUCUGCCAAGAUGGUCAGCCUCCCUUACCAAGGACAGAACAAAGUUGGGUUCAGAAUCAAAACAAAAUCUGUUGGGUGCAAAUGGAGUUUUGGAAGACAAGAAGCAUAUGAUGGAAGGGCCUUCCUCAUUUUCAGCCGUCAAGGCUAAAUUAAAGCCUGCAACUAUGAGGCCAAUUCCUCACUCUCAAAAGCAACAAAUGCAUCCUUUUAUGUGUUUACCUGAAACUUCCUUUCAUGAAACUAGUAUUGUGAAGCCAAGCUUGACAGUUGCGCCAACUGUGAAGCACAAUUCAGUUUCUUAUGCCCCAACCACGCACAGAAAAUCAACAUCAGGGCCAUCUCAUACUCCUUCAGUCAUUCAGUUGAAUCCUCUGCCUAUGAAGAAACAUGGAUGUGAUAGGUUGUCUAUACAAGUAUGCUCUGAGGAGGACUUCUUGAAGGAUGUCAUGCAGUUUUUAAUCCAGAGGGGCCACAAUCGACUUGUACCUCACGGAGGACUAGCUGAAUUUCCUGAUGCAGUCCUUAACGCCAAGCGCCUUGACCUUUAUAACCUGUACAAAGAGGUGGUGUCUAGAGGUGGAUUUUAUGUGGGUAACGGCAUAAACUGGAAGGGUCAAGUCUUCUCAAAGAUGCGUAACCAUACUGCAACAAACAGAAUGACUGGUGUAGGUAACACAUUAAAAAGGCAUUACGAGACAUACUUGUUGGAAUAUGAGUUAGCACAUGAUGAUGUGGAUGGCGAAUGCUGCUUGCUUUGUCACAGUAGCGCACCUGGAGAUUGGGUGAACUGCGGUUUAUGUGGCGAAUGGGCUCACUUUGGUUGCGACAGACGACAAGGGCUAGGCACUUUCAAGGAUUACGCUAAGACAGACGGUUUGGAAUACAUCUGCCCCCACUGUAGCUUAGCAAACUACAAGAAGCCACCACUACCACCAAAAGUAGCUAAUGGUUUCUCAAAUACAGCAUAUGUACCACGAAGUGUUUAAUUUCUUGUUUUUUUCUUUUCCUUUGGUCCCGUGUUUGUGGGAAGAAGUCAUUAGAGUAGGGAAUAGCCUGAUGGAAAGAUGGGCAAGGCCUUCAGGGUAGGUAUCGAAGGUAUCAUCUCGCUAAUUUAGUGGCUAUGAGUUUUUUAUAGAUGUACAAUUGAUAACACAUUCAAGUUCCUAAGUAGUUUUUUAGUGGUUAUGAGGUUUAUAUAGCAUGCAUUUGAAUGCGGGUGUUACUUGUUUAUAUUAA